UAAAAAACAAUAAACAAUUCAAUAAACAAGACUUAAUUAGUUGCAUUUGACUUAAUUAAUUGUUUUGCAUUUGAGAAGUGAAAUAAAAAGUUUUGCAUAAAUUUGGAUUUCUUAAGAGAAAUUUAUAAGAAAGUGAACGUAACUGUGAUGGGUGAUCAAACAACUUCCGGUGCAGCUGCCAAUGGUGCAGAAAGUGCCACAAACGGUUUAGUUGGCAACGCAGCUGCAGCUAACAAUGGUGGUGGGAAUGCGAAUGCUAAUGCUAAUGCUAAUGUUAGUGGUAAUGGUAAUGGCAAUGGCAAUGGGAAUGGUAACGGUAACGGCAAUGGCAAUGGCGUUCCAGCAUUGUCAGAACACUUAAAUGGUGUUGCUGUUGCUAAUGGCACUGCCGGCGAUGGUACGAUGAAUGUUGAAAAUGGCGUUGGUGGCAGCGGUGUUGUUGGUGGUGGCACUAUAGACGGUACUGAUGUCGAAGCAGCUGUUGAUGAUGCUGCAACGGAUGCUGGUGCUAGUUCAUUGCCACCAUCAGAAGUUGGUGGGCGUCCACCAUUGGAUACCGCUUGCUCUGAUGGUGGUGGUCCAUCAAGCUUGGGUGGUGGUAUGGUCGGACCACCAAGUCCUUUAACCGGUUGCUAUUUGCUGAUUGUUUUGGGUGAGCCGCACUCGGAAGAGCACAAAGAUAAUAUCUUGCAACAUUUGUUGAAGGGU